AGACUGUACGGCAUCGGGACUACAAUCCCGGGCGACGACUAUAAGGUUACCGAUACUCUCAUAACAUUACUAAUGUCUGAACGGGGUUUGGGUCCCAAACUCUAUGGUGUAUUUCCCGGCGGCCGACUCGAGGAGUUUAUACCCUCUCGGUCAAUGACAGCGCCAGAGCUUAAGGACAGAGAACUGAUGGCCAAAAUUGCCAAACGGUUGGCCGUAUUUCACACAAUGAAUGUACCCAUAGAUAAACGACCAGAUUUUCUAUUCACCACGAUGGAAAAAUGGGUGCAAUCAGUGCUCACACCCACCGGUGCGGACGCACCCGCCCAGCGGUACCCGCGGCCAGAACUGGAGCGGGAAAUGACAACAUAUGACUAUCGCCGCGAACUACGAUGGCUGAGGCGAGUGCUGCCCGAGUGCGGGUCACCCGUAGUGUUUGCGCACAACGACUUGGCGCCGGCAAAUAUCCUGAUAUGCGACGACCCCCUGGCCUAUGGGGGCGACGGCUUAUUGUUCAUUGACUACGAAUACGCCGCAUAUACCCACAGGGGCUUUGAUUUUGCCACACAUUUCACGGAACACCUGUACGACUAUUCGGCGCCCGACUAUCCGUACUCUCGGGUAGACUUUGACGCCUAUCCGACCGAUGAGGAGAAGCGACACUUUAUGCGCCAUUAUAUCAAACAUUCACCCGAUUUGAGCGCCGGGAGUGAGACGGAGGACAGGCUGAUCCGUGAGGCAGACUAUUACUCGUUAGUCGCGCACUUGAUUUGGUCCCUUUGGGCCGUACGACAGGCCCGCACAUCGCAACAAGCUUUUGGUUAUUGGGAGAACUCGAAGGAUAGACUGAUGGCGUAUGGAAAACAUAAAGCAUGGUUAAUUAAAACUUAUGGAAUACGCAAUGAAUGAUUUUAAUUGCCAUAAUGUUGUUGGGUUAAUUUUAAGAGUUUUAUAGAUAA